CUGCAGAAAGAGCAGCAUGAUUCAUUACGAAAAAUGGCUCAGACACCAGAAAAAAAACAUUUUUUCGUUAUACAACGGAGGCAAUGAAAAAUGCAAUUGUUGAAGUAUGCCACGGAAGUUCAAUUAAAUCGGCGUUCCAAGAAGGAACCUUGGCCAUAAAGUAAAUGGGAAAACACCAGAAGAAAGAAAAAUUCUAACGACCGAAGAAGAAAAACGCUAACUUGACUGCAUUAUUUCCUAAUCCAGAAUAUGUUUUCCUUUAGUUGAAGAUGAUGUCCUAACUCCUAACAACAGUAAAAAAAAUAUAUUAAACAGCAGAUAACAAUAAAUGUGGUAGAAAAUGGUUUACAUUAUGUAUGAAAAGACAUAAAGAAGCACUAUCCAAAAGAACCCCAGAUCAAUUAGGCGGAAACCGAGCUGUUGUCGUAGAGGAAGAAAUUUAAAACUGGCUCGCAGAAGUUGAAACUAGUUUAAAACAUGAAAAUGUUUUUGACGUUCUCGUUUUCUAAAAGUGAAAAAUCAUUGUUCCAAGAGGCGAACGUAACAUAUAUGAACUUUCAAAAGAAUACGAUAAAAAAUCGUGUUUUCCCCCUGGUUAAAAAAGAACAACAUUAACUUUCCUAUUAUCUUGUUUUCAGAUGGCCAGACAUCCCAUCUUACAUUGCAUGUUAGUGACUUCUGUGCUAAAAAUAAUAUUAUUCUAGUGGCUUUCUAUCCAAAUUCAACCCAUAUACUUCAGCCAUGUGACGUAAGUGUAUUUAAGCCGAUGCAAACAUUCUGGAGAUAUACAUAAAUGGAAAUUUAAUCAUUUAGAGGAAACCCUUAACAAAUUCAAUUUUCCCAUUCUUUUUUAAGAAGUGUUUUAAAAAGUUACUCCAGAAUCUGCAAAGAAUGGUUUUAAAAGAUGUGGCUUACAUCCAUGGUCUCCAGAUAAAGUGGAUUUUUUGAAAUGUUUAAAACAAUCUAAUAAUAUCAAAGAUGAUCAAUGGAGAAAACUUCAACAAAACCCUCAAGAAGUCAAACAAUAUUUCUCAGCUUUAGGAAGGCACAUAGCCAUAGAUUAUUUAAUAUAGUUUAGACAAACAUUAGAAAGUUUGGGUGAAUAGAAUGGAGAAGUUAAGAUUACUGAAUUAUUCAAGGUUUGGCGAAAAUUAAAGAAAGAGUGAAGGAACAAAAGAAACAAAAAAUACAGACUUAGCACGAUCAAGUACUUCAAAGCAGAUAAAUCUAAAAAUUUGUCAAAGCAGAUUCAGCAGAAUCAAGUACUUUAAGAGAAGUAGUAAAAUCUGAAAAUAUGUCAGCAAAAACCAAUAUAGUAAUAGUGCAACAAACCCUAGAAAAAAAUAUACUCAGUGUUCAACAAACGGGUCAAUUAGACGCUUCUAGCACAGAAUCUCCAUUUUCCAAGACCAAAGGAUUGCCAACAUCGACGGUUUUAGUUACAAAAGCCAAAAUAAAUAUUUAUCUCUCUAAAGUGCCGUUAGUUGUGACAUCUAAAGAGUGGAAGAAAUACUAUGCCAAAAACGAACAGGAAAAAUUACAAAAAGAAAAGCGAAAACAGGAAAGAGAACAAAAAAGAUUGCAGAAAACCGAGAAGGCUAAAGUAAAGAAAAAUACAAAAAAUAAAAAUCUAUCAAAAAAGAGACCUUUAAAUGAAGACACUUCAACAUCAGAAGAUGAAUCAAUUUUGUAUAAUGAAACUUCAGACGAAUCAGAAAUGUUCUCAUUUGACGAAAACAAUGAAUAUCCAGAUUCAUCUAAACUUGAACUCAAUAAUAUUGACAUUAAAUUAGAAUAUUAUUAUGCUAUAUACUAUGAAGAGCAGUUUUUAUUGGAAGGGUAAUAAAGAUUGAAAAUAACAACGUAGAGAUAAAGUUUGUGAAAGAAAGAUUGGAGAAUUCAUUUGUAUGGCCCCAAAAUCCAGACUUAGAUCUAAUACAAAAGAAAUACAUUUUUUAUGGGCCCAUAACGCUAUUUGGAAAUGAACCGUUCUAUAUUGAAAACAAUGUUCUAAGGAAAAUUAAAUCUGUUUACCAUUUGUUGAAAAUUAAACAACAA